AUGGAACAUAAAAGUGUCAAAACAUAUAAAAAGAAGAAUUUUCUAAACAUUAAAUUAUAUAUUUUUUCCAUUAUAGUAUUGGGGAUUCAAUAUUAUAACAAUGAUAAUAUAUCAUUUAAUAAUACAGAAAUAAAUAAUAACUCAUCAAUUUUUUCUUUUAAAAAUGAUCGUAAUUUAGCUGAAUCAAUAAAGAAUCGUGAUAAAUUAAAAAUAAAAACAAAAUAUGCAUCUGAUGAUGAAUCCGAAGAAGAAUCCGACGAAUUAGAAGAAGAAUCAGAAAAAGAAUCAGAAAAAGAAUCAGAAAAAGAAUCAGAAAAAGAAUCAGAGGAAGAAUCAGAUGAUGAAUCAGAAAAAGAAUCAGAGGAAGAAUCAGAUGAUGAAUCAGAAAAAGAAUCAGAGGAAGAAUCAGAUGAUGAAUCAGAAAAAGAAUCAGAGGAAGAAUCAGAGGAAGAAUCAGAUGAUGAAUCAGAAAAAGAAUCAGAAGAAGAAUCAGAUGAUGAAUCAGAUAAUGAAAAAAUAAAAAAAAAAUAUAAAAAUAAAAAAAAAGAUAGUAAAUCAUAUCAAAAAAUGAUUAAAGAAAACUAUGGUGAUAUUAAACCUAAACACCCAGCUUUUCUACCAAAAUCUGCGCUGCGAAAAGGUAGCAAACCAUCAAUUCCUAAUCUUCCAUUUCCAAUUCCACCAAUACCAGGCAUGCCAAUGCCAUCAGAAGAUGAACUAAAACAAAUGUUAAAAAUGUUUGGACAAGCAGUGCCACAAGGACAAAAAAAAACAGGUCCAUCAAUGCCAAACCUACCAUUUCCAAUUCCAUCAGAAGAUGAACUAAAACAAAUGUUAAAAAUGUUUGGACAAGCAGUGCCACAAGGACAAAAAAAAACAGGUCCAUCAAUGCCAAACCUACCAUUUCCAAUUCCAUCAGAAGAUGAACUAAAACAAAUGUUAAAAAUGUUUGGGCAAUCAAUGCCACAAGGGCAACAAAAACCAGCCCCAUCAAUGACAGACUCACCACAACCAGACCCAUCACAACCAGGCCCAUCACAACCAGGCCCAUCACAACCAGGCCCAUCACAACCAGGCCCAUCACAACCAGGCCCAUCACAACCAGGCCCAUCACAACCAGGCCCAUCACAACCAGGCCCAUCACAACCAGGCCCAUCACAACCAGGCCCAUCACAACCAGGCCCAUCACAACCAGGCCCAUCACAACCAGGCCCAUCAAUGACAAACCUACCAUUCCCAAUUCCAUCAGAAGAUGAACUAAAACAAAUGUUAAAAAUGUUUGAGCAAUCAAUGCCACAAGGGCAACAAAAACCAGUCCCAUCAAUGCCAAACCUGCCAUUUCCAAUUCCACCAAUACCAGGCAUGCCAAUUCCAUCAGAAGAUGAACUAAAACAAAUGUUAAAAAUGUUUGGGCAAUCAAUGCCACAAGGGCAACAAAAACCAGCCCCAUCGAUGCCAAACCUGCCAUUUCCAAUUCCACCAAUACCAGGCAUGCCAAUGCCAUCAGAAGAUGAACUAAAACAAAUGUUAAAAAUGUUUGGACAAGCAAUGCCACAAGAAAACCCAGGAAGUAGCCGUCGUGGACAUGGUAAAAAACCUAAUAAUAUGCCCCCAAUGCAUAUAAAUCAAUUACUACCAAUAAUGAAUAUGUUAGGUUUACCAAAUGUAAAUACUUUUAAUAAACCGUCGUCAGAUACAAAAUGUGAUUGUUCUGAUUGCAGAAAAAAUGCAAAAACAAUGAGUAAAGGAAAAAAACGUAAACGACGUAAUCUAAAUACGUCUAUUGCAUCAAACAUUGUUAAACAUGCCGUUGGAUAUAUUCCAGUAAUAUUACCAUUAAUUCCAACAUUAUUGUUGAUGUUUUCUGGAACUAGAUUUACAUAUGUAGUAUUGUAUACAAUGUCUUUAAUAAAGGAUGCCUACAAUUUUAUACAAAAUAAAGGAAUUUUUUAA